AUGAGUUAUGCUUCUACCUCUUACAACGAAUGGCCAAUGUUGUCUUCAAGGUUUGAAUACCAUACCCUUUUUACCCCGGGUGGAAAGAGUAAGUCAUCACCCGAUUCGAACUACGCCAUAUCUGGUCUAACUUCUUCUCAAAAUAACUUCAGUAAGACCCAUUGCAACACAGCUGAAUUCAAGCUUUCUCCCAAUAAUUCAUUAGAAAAUGUAGGUGUAUUGCCUCGGAAGUCUUCAAGCAAGAUGUCUAGAAUGUUUAACAAAAUGAAAAGCUUUAAAAAUCAAGCAAAUGUUUCGAUAGAGACCCCAGCACCUUUGAAAAGUGAAGACUAUGAUGAAAUAAUUGAAGAAAUCUAUUAUUCUUAUUUGCAUGCAAAUCCUCAACUACACUCACAAGUAUCCAGAAAAGAAAAAGAGCCUACUCUUAUAUCAAUGGCAAAGAAAACAAUCUCUGCAUUUCAUUCAGGAGAGGAUUCUACGAUGAACAAGCUUAAAGGAUACGGCAGUUGUAUUCAAAGAAGAAAACUAAGUGAUUUGGAUAGUCAACUUGACAAUCUUAUAUCUGAUUUAACUAGCUUCAAGCAAGAUUACACUUUCGGAAAAAUCGAGGACGACAAUUCAUUGUGGAAUUUGUCGUACGAAGAUAGUAUACAAAUUAGUACAGAGAAUAGCACAGAAGGACAAACUAACAAAAAUGACUCGAUGAUAUCAGCAAGUACCACGAAUAAAGCCCCAUCAGCUGUUCUGAACAAAGAAAAUUCUUCUGCUCCAGUAAAACUUCAACAUCGAAAGAGCUUAUUCAAAAAUUUUAAGUUUUCCGACUUCAACACUACAAAUUUCAAGACUAAGGUAAACUCAGCAAAGGGUAUCUUAGUACCAAUUGACAAAAAUACUGACUAUGAGGAUGAAGCUUUUGUUGAAAGAAUGGAGUCGGGCAUAGUGAAAGGUAGGAAAACUUAUGACGAAAAGAAAGAUGGGGCAGGGGUUAUCUACCUGGAAACCAAAUCCGAAAUAAUGCCUUCAAGAUCUAUGAGAUUGAAACGGAGACUCAGUUCUCGCGUAUCUUAUAAACGGUUUAAUGUAUAUUGA